GUUUGUGUCUCUCGCUCUCAUUUCAUUUCGAUGCGUUCAACGGUACGCACGUACGCGCCGUAGUGUCCGUGGUCGUUAGUUUGUUCGUGGUUUUUCGAUAGUAACAAAAUAAAGAGAAAAAAAAGGCUUCUUACCGUGCAAAACAUAUGAAACGGUACAGUUUGUAGGAACGAAGUGACUUUCCUUUAAACGUGUUGUUAUUAUUUAUGGUUACUCAGUCCGUCGUGAAGAACGGAAGAAUUCAAUGAUGGCGUUUUAGUGAGUUACGGCAGACGUAGGUUUGUAGUAGUGCCAAAUAGUGUGAAGGAGGUGUGAUUGAACUUGCCACAAAGGAAAAAGCCUCUAACGUUUUUUUUUUCUGUGUGCAACGACACGUGUUUGUGAGCUGUGAGGAAUUUGUAGUGAAGUCAAGUGAGAAGCAUAAGAAAAGUGAACAGUGUUAAUAAAAUUAAAUAAAAAUACAAAUUACGCAAACGAGUGCUAGAGUGAGUGUGUUUUCGUUUUUGUAACGCACCGGUGAUAGUGUUUGGAGAAAGCGUGCGUGUAACGGUCGCAAGAACGCGCCAUUAUUCUUCUUCAUCCGUUCCGGGUGCGUAUGCGACUUCGCGACCAGAACCGCCGCAAGGUGUGUGGUUGCUUUCUGGGCUUUCGAAAUUUCCACCCGUUUUCCAUCCGUACGCCAAAGGGGGAUGAAUAACGUUCCAAUUCCCAGACUCACCUGCAAAACCUUCAUCGUUGUCAUCGUCGGCCAGAUGCUUUCACCUGCGUUCCCGGCGUGUCGUCUGUAAAACCGAAUUGGCGCGUGUGUGAGUGUGUGUGUGUCCAUACAGGGUUGAAAUGAAAAGGAACCCCACGGAUAUAAAUAAAGCGCAAAUUAAAUAACUCCACCAAGGCAACAGAGGCAGACAAACAAAAAAAACCCCCCGAUCCAAACAGUCCAGCCAGCAAUCUACCCUUUUUAGUUCUUUGUAUCCCUUUUUCGACCCGACCCGUAUUACCCGGUGCUGUGUGUUGAGUGUAUUUUAUCCUUGGCGAACAACACCUUUCUGGCAGCCUUCGGUUUCGUUGUUUGCGUUACCGUUGCUUCGCGUUGCUGCGAGACCGCGUGACCUCCACAAACGAGUCGGUUGCGCUGCUGGAAUCCUUUUGCAGCAACAACAGGCAGGACACGUGCCAUUGCUCCAUCGCUUCCGGGCGUACGCUAUCGAUACAGCUCCCGUACCACCCAUCUUCGAAGUUGGGUGGAUAAACUUUGUGGUUCGCUGAUUCGCUGCCAAGAAACCACGGAAGGAACCGGCUGAUUAAAGUCCUCAGCCACACCAGAAACAGACACAAAGGAGGAACAUUUUUUUCCGGCAUUUGUAGCAACCGUCUUUACCAUCCGUCGUUCCACGUGACACGGGAAGAGUGGAAAACCCCGACCCGGGAAGCAAGGAGGCGCAUUAUCCACAUGCGCAACAGCGUUCCGAUAGCAGCUGUGGAGUGAUAACUUUCCAUUUAUUAUUUGUCACUAUGCGCCACCGGUUACCGAUGCCGGCACACUUGGAGGUGAUUGAUAGUGCGGCGUGGAAAAUCAUGAACCGCAGAGGAACGACCGGUACCAAUCCGAACAACCUCGAAAGAACGUAGACGAACAACAUUCAUCUUACCAAUCAACAGCACACACACACAAGAAAAGGAUCAAUAUUUGCAAAGGCAACAGUUGUGCGUUUCUUUUGUGAAGGAGCAGAAAUUUUCAAUUCACAAAAGGUUGAUCUCAUAACAAAGGGGAAAAAAACGAUAAAACGAGCCGGAAGAAAGCAAAGAAAUUGGAAAAUUAAUCAUCGACAGUGAAAAACCGAUCAAGAUGCCGGCAACAACGGUGAAGAGUGAAGCGACUGACCAGCACAACAACUGUGAUAAUGAGGAGGAGGAACCUAAAGACAUGAAAAAUGCGCAUCUCAUUAUCAACGAGCUUCGGAACCGGUGCCGAAAUCAAUCGGAGCAAAUCAUGGCAUGGAAGAAGGCGUUCUCGUUGCAGCAAGAACAGAACCAUCGAUUGCAGAAGGAAAAGACGGAACAGCUGAACUAUCUUACCAGCCAGCUGCUGCUGCUCGAAUCGCGCAUCAUGCGCAAACAGAAGCAAGUGUCGAACGUGAUCUAUCAGCGUGAGCUGACAAUCUACCGGCAGCAGAAGAUCAUCGAAACCCUCUCUAGUCGCCUGAUCGACCACGGCAUCAUGGACGUGGGCAUGGAUGCACCGAUGCACACGGGCAGCAACAGUAACGACUUCGAUUCGCUCAACGAUUCCGACUCGGCCGUCGUACUGGAGGACGUCGAUUCCGACUGUAACAGCUCGAUCUACUUCGGUGGCAGCAUUAGCGGUGGUGGCAGCCUCAAGUCGCGCUGUGGUUCGAACAAGAUGACGAACGAUGUCACGAUCGUGCGGUCCAUAUCGGACGCGAUAGAGACGAACCUGAAGUACAACAAUACCCGCCGUUCGAACUGUUUUCUGCGGCGGCCAGAAAUUCUCGAAACCGUGUACAGCGUGGAGGAAGAUCCGGAACCCCAGAAUGCGACCGGCGGUGGUACGAACGCAACGGAUAGCGGUUCCACGACCGGGCCUACAUCGCCCAAACCGGAUGCGGUCAGCGAGAAGCGGGACAAGUUUAAAAAUCGUACCGAAAAGUGUAUCUCCACCGAUCAGCCGGAAGGUGCACGGCAGGAGGGCGCACCGUUGAUCAUUACCAGCAGCAGCUGCGAUGUGGAGUCGGACCUGUGCGGUACACCGUCCCAGGGCUGCAAAGUGCAGGGUGCCGUUACGAACUUUAAUCGCGUCAUGUCGAACCAUCGGUCGGUCACGAAACCGAAGGAUGUCAAGUACAAGCGCAUCAACAAGGCCAAAUCGAAGAGUCUGGAGGAGUUGCGCGGUCGGCUAAAGCAUUGGGUGGAGCGUGGCACAUGCAACGUGAACCUGUCGCUAGAUCCAACCGGUGGUUCCCAUCUGAGCGGGCAUCUGUCCGAGCACUGUGGUGCCGGCACGUUACAACAGACCCAACCCCAACAGCAACCAAACCUGGCACAAAGCUAUGCGUGACCUGAACCGAAAGCCCGCGUGCGGGGCAGCAUUUAAUAGGAGGCCGCAGGUUGUGUGCUCUCGAGGUACUCCUCAAGAUUUUUUUUUCGGUGUCAGGAUCUCUCGACGGUCCGAACGUCCAGCUGGACAGUCCAGCGUGGGGAGUGUAUAUUUUUGGGCGAGACGAAACAAACACAAAACAACAAGAAAUUGCUUUGUACGCGAACAAUGCAAGACAAGCAGAGUGAAAAUUUGAGUCUGAUCGAAUUACUGCGGGGGCGCAGUACUGCGUACCACUAUUUAUUGCGUUUUGCUUAGUGUUUAAGAGAAAGAAUCGUGAAGAGAAAAGAAGAAAAUAAUCACAACAAGAAUUUGUGGAGCGAACUAAUCUUGAAAACACUCACUUACAUACUGACUGAGUCAGGUUACCUAAGAGAACGAAACCUUUGGGGGAGAAAGUAAAGAAAAAAGUUAAGAAUUUGUGUAAAAAGUAAGUUAGUUAAACCAUUAAGCCAUGUGUAGUGGAAUAAUUUACUGCUUCAUGCCACAAAAACCACAGGCACAGGCUAGCAUUGUAGCUAGUGCUUAGAGUAUGAACGUGUUUAACUACACAACUACUACUAAUCGUAAGCGUGAUUAUGCAGUGCAGAAAUGAAGAAUAGAAUAUAAACAGCCUCUACAUGCACGGAACACUACAACUCACCAGUAAGGGUCGCAAUAGGCGACGAACACGGGGAGCCAUUUUGUAAAGUAGGCUUUCCUUGGCGAUCUUGGUAAACACGGAAUUAGUGCGACUUGGAUGCAUGUGUAAAUAUGUAACAAUUUAUCCAUACGAUCCAGCCGAUUUGUAUUACUAGUAGCCAUGUAAGAUGGGCACCACCGCCACACGAUCACCAUCGGAGUGAGGAACAAGUGGUCACUAUGCACUCUCAAAUCUCGUUCAGUGAUACGUCGGUGGGUGUUGUUUCGGUGAUCUUUCCUUCCAAAGUCAAGAGAUAUAUUUAUACCUAUCGUGAUGGAAUUGCUUUCGCUACAUAUAUUUUUUUGCAAAAAAAAACAUUUUUUAAAACAAAAGAUUUGUGCGCAACGAUCCGCAAGAAGCGCACGCAAGUUUUGACACCAUUAGCGGUGUUUUCGAGAAUGUUCCUUUAUGUAAGAAGAAUAUUAAAGAUGUACGUCUUUUUUCGAGCGUAAAUGUACUAGCCCCCCGUGUAAGUUGGUGGGGUAGGUAUCUGGUAAAUCUGUACCGGUUUCUUCCUUCCGAGCUUUUGUCACCAAAGCGAACUGAAGGGUUUUUUAACACAUCUAUACCCUAUAUCCUUAUACCAACUAACUCUCCUCACUGUCAGUGGUUUCAAUCUUAAACACCUUUUUGGUACCUUUUGCCCCUAAUGUAUUGGGCACCAUUUUCUUUGUUUUUGGCUAGCCCCGGAUGGCUGCUUGAAACCUUCCGUUACGAUCUCCCGUAAUCUCAGUCCCUUACGUCGCACCCGACGCUUUCUGGCCCGUUCUUCUGCAGCUAAUAGCACGUAAGGCAUGUACAUACAACCAAUCGUACCUUUUACUCACCAUAAAAAGUCGAUUGCAAAGUUAAAAUCAAAGUCCGCGAUCCUCAGCAGCGAGGAAAAGAUUAUGAACAAUUAAUUGUAAGUGCGCACAGCCAACCGCAAACGGGCGCAUCGAACACGCACCACCGGUAUGGCAGACGCCAGACAUGGUCCGGAAUGCCGUAGCUCGAGUGUGUACGUAUAUGCGCUAUAGCAGGAUGCAUGUCCCCAAACCGGUGCGCGGGUGCUUCGUUUGCGGUAGCAACCAACACACGGUAUUAAAGCAAAGAAGGGUAAUAUUUAGCGAACAACUUUAACAAACAAGCGAACAAAAUCAUCCAACAUUCAAACACAAAAAGAAACAAUUUCGACACGAAGGAAAGGGAGCGAGUGUGUGUGUGUGGUAUGGAGCGUAGCAUAAGUCAUCGAUAGAUGGAAGAUCAAAUUUAUGUAUUUAAGAAUGAGUAAUAUAAGAAGUAUGAAAAGAAAAGGGAAUGAAAGAAUUUCAAUUAAGCUAAUUACAAUCUUCUAAGGCAGGAAAACUACAGCCCGUAAAAACAGCUCUUGUACAACAACAAACCAUUAAUCUUGAUCGAUAGAUUCGCAUCAAUUCUGUAACUUAAAAGAAAACAUGCUUGAAAUAUAAAAGUGCGAUUCAUAUUUUCAACACUGAACUCUGGAACUGAAA